UAUAAAAUUCUUCCAAACUAUAUAAAGGGAUGUUUUGCUUUCCCGUCCAAAAACCCUAGUAGCACCAAACUGCCGUCGAGCUAGUUCGCUUCCCAUCGCUUACCUGCUUAACAAUGACAUUCAAGCGCAGAAACGGCGGCCGGAACAAGCACGGACGUGGUCACGUGAAGUUUAUCCGAUGCUCUAACUGCGGAAAAUGCUGCCCUAAGGACAAAGCUAUUAAGAGAUUUCUUGUGAGGAACAUUGUUGAACAAGCUGCUGUUAGAGAUGUUCAGGAUUCAUGUGUUUAUGAUGGAUAUGUUCUUCCAAAGCUGUAUGUGAAGAUGCAGUACUGUGUUUCAUGUGCAAUUCACUCUAGAGUUGUCAGGGUCCGCUCUCGCACUGAGCGCAGGAAGCGUGACCCUCCCCAGCGUUUCAUCAGGCGCAGGGAUGAUGCACCAAAGCCUGGUCAGCCUGGUCAAGCUCGCCCUGCUGUUCCUGGGGCUGCUCCUCGAGCUUAAUUUAAGUUUUUUUAAUGUGAUUUUGUGUUUUCAAGUUUGUAGUAAAAAUCAUCAAGGAUUUUAUCAUUGAUAUUUCACUGUUUAAGCUAGACCUUUCAAGAGAUACAUGUGCCUAAGAUGGGACUGGUUUUUGACCGA